AUGAUCAAGAGACAGAGGCGGCCCAUGAAAGUCAUGAAAGCCAUAGAAACCAAGCUGGCCAAGGGACCUUCGCUGGUUUUGUGGUCAGGUCCCAGGGGAACUGAAGAAGACCUUGAGGUCUACUUUGGUGGCAAAGGCAAGACUAGCUGCUUUCGAGACUUGCAUGCUCUGGAUACUAGCACCUACACGUGGCUCCUUGGAGAGCAGACGGGUGAACAGGUUGGUCACCUGAAGGCAGCGCUGCUGAGCGCUUUGGGUCCGAGCAUCGGCAUCCCCAUGCCCUUCCGACCAAAGGAUUCUGCCCUGGGCACACCAGAGAACGUAUUCGUCCAGUGUGGUUUCAAGGCCCCAGCUCGGGUGGUGCCCCAUCCGCGCGCCACGGUACUUUGGAGACCUCCAUUGCUUGGAGCUGAGUCCGAAGACACGCUGCAUGACAUCCCGACUUCCCAAGACAGCAGUACGUCUGGAGGGUCUCCCUAUUUGAGCAACCAGAUCCACAUGCUGGAUGACCUGGGUAUCAGCGAGCGGCACAGGUCGCUGCUGAUCCACGGCGGCUUCUGCAUGGAGACGCCCGAGAUUGUCCGAGUCCUUGAUUUGGGCCGCAUGCUGUGGUCCCGGCUUCGGACGCAUGGCACACCGCCGGUGGGGCGCUUCUCCCACAGCUUGUCGUUGUCCGAGGAUGAUGCCAUCGUCUUCGGAGGUUGGAGUGGGGCGACCAAUCAGGCUGCCGGCGUGACCUUCGCUCUACGGGAAAAGGUAACUGCUGACGAAGAGGACGAAAAGCCCACUGCUUCACCCGACGAAAGCUGCGACUUUUGCAUGACUCUUCGCACCGCGGACAUGCAGUGGGUGCAAAACAAAUACAUCGGCACUGCGCCGACCCGGCGCUAUGGCCAUACGGCCACUGCCAUUGGUCCUCACGUGAUCAUCUUUGGUGGCUGGGCGGCGGACUCAGAGGCUUCGAGGCGCGGUGGCAUUUCCCUGCCCCAGAGCCGUUGUCGAGAUGGGAGGAGGUCCCAUGAGCGCACCUCGCAGACGACGGUGGGCGUCGGAGGACUUCUGCGACAGAUCCAGUGCAGCAGCUUUCAACAGUAUCCCAUCUUGCAACAAUUGGUGAAAGCCGCUCUCGCAAACGAACGGCCGAAUGUGCGAAGGUCGCCACCAGGGAGCCCGCGCGAGCCAGUGGUGGAGGUGGUCCAGGAGUGCCAUCCUCCCAGUUCGGCACAGAACUCGGCGCGAUCGGAGAAGUCCUUGGACUCCCUCUCGACGGUUCAGUCCUUUGAGAUCCCUGACGAAGGAUCAGAAGAGGAGCAAGAGAGGAGAGUUGAUGAGUGCCAAGAGGUGGACCGACGGUCCGACGGUCUCGGACUCCGUGCUUGGGGCUCCUGGCUUCGGCGGAAGUUCUGGUAG